AUGUCACCCUCGUCAACGCACACUUUUUUAAAGUACUCCAUUGCUAUGGUCACGCCUUUCCGCGAGGACGGUGAAUUCGAUCCAGCCGCUAUUCCUGCUGUCGUCCAUUACUACAUCCAUGAAUUGCAAGCUCCAGGCUUAUUAAUAAGUGGUAGUACGGGUGAUCAACACUGUAUGACUGUGGAUGAGCGUAAACAAUUAUACAAGGCUGUUUGCGAAACCGCUCCUCAAGGAUACCCCAUUUAUGCAGGUGUGGCCGCUUUCAAGACAAAGGAUGCUGUAGAGUUGGCUAAAGCAGCAGAAGCCGCUGGUUGCACUGCCAUCAUGUUGGGUCUUCCUCCGUAUCGUAAACCUUCACAAAGGGAUCUUGAAAGCUAUGUCGCUGCUGUUGCUGCCGAUGUGAUGCUUCCUCUCUUUUUGUACAACAACCCUGGUAGAAAUGGUGUGCAGGUUGAACCCACCACGUUCUUAAAGUUGGCGGAUACCUAUGCAAAUGUACGCGGCAUCAAAGAAACGGGUGUUCUUGAGAACGUUCAAACACUCAAAGACUUACUAGGUAGCAGAGCAGACGAGUAUACUUUCUUCACGGGCUCCGAUGAUCUGUACGUCCAUUUGGCCAAAAACCGGGGAUUCACUGCACUGACUUCGAUGGCGGGCAACUUUUUCCCCAAGGAGAUGCGUGCUGUCACGGAUCACCUUGAUAAAAAGGAGUUUGAGCAAGCUGAAGCUAUCAUGGCAGAUAUUAUACCCAAGUACCAAAUGAUCAAAGACAUCGGCGUCCUGCCUGCAAUGAAAUAUGUACUAAGAAAGCGUGGUGCGCCUGUGGGUUACUGUCCCCCUCCUUUACUGGAUCCAACAGAAGAGCAAAAGAAACGUCUGGAUGCAUUCGUUUAA